GUCAUCCUCACCGAAUUAAAAUCAAAAACAAGCAACAUUUCUUCCAAAUAAAAAGCAGACCCAAACAUAUUCCAUCGUUUUUGGAAAUGUUAUUAAUUGUGUGAAAAGAAAAAUCAAAAAACCAAUCAUGAACCGCCCUAAAAUAUCUUUUGGCAAGAUAAACUUAAAUCUUAACAAAGCACAACCUUCCUCAACAAACCAAACUGAAAAUGAUCAACCAGCAUCAAUUCAAGGUGGCUUCAAAAAGAUCGGCAAAGAUGAAAUGCAACGGAACAUCGAGAACGUUACCGAUGAUCUAGAGUCGCAGCAUUUAAAAGACGUUAUGGGUAUUUCUGGAUUUGGUCGGAAGGCCAAGACAUUUGACAUCAAUGCGGAGAUUGAAAGAGCACGCAAAAGUGCCCCUGCUAAGCCCGACGCCAGCGAUGAUAAGAGCCAAGAAGGCAACAACGAUGAUGACGAUGGCACUAUUGGCCCUCUUCCUCCGACUGAUUCGACCAAACAAAAGCCCAAUUCGGAUGGGGAAGAAGAUGACGAUGAUUCUGAGGACGAGGACGACAACCUCGAGAACAAAAUCCCAGACACACACGAAGUGCAGAUGCAACACGGCACUAAAGCCGUUCUCGCGCUUGCCGGAGACCCCUCCGGUGGACGCGUGGUCUCUGGAUCGAUAGACUACGAUAUGUGUUUCUGGGACUUCGCCGGAAUGGAUUCGUCGAUGAGGAGCUUCCGCACAAUACAGCCUUGCGAAAACUACCCCAUUCGUGCUCUGCACUACUCCGUGACGGGAGACAUGAUUUUGGUGGUGUCCGGAAAUUCACAGGCAAAGAUCCUCGAUCGCGACGGGUUCGAGAAGAUGGAGUGCGUCAAAGGCGACCAAUACAUAACCGACAUGACCAAGACGAAGGGACACACAGCCCAAUUGACCGCCGGCUGCUGGCACCCCUUCACUCGUGAAGAGUUCCUCACGAGUUCCAUGGAUGCCACACUUCGGAUCUGGAACAAUUUCCGAUCCAAAGAACAAAAAAUCGUCAUCAAGACUCGGGCUCAAGGCGGACUCAAGACCAUUCCAUCUUCAUGCACUUACAACCGAGAUGCGACGCUGAUUGCCGCUGGAUGUGUCGAUGGAUCCAUCCAAACAUGGGACACACGUAAGAUGUUUGUCAAUACCACACAUUGCGCAAGGAACGCCCACCAGAAAGGAAGCGAAAUAUCCUCGAUUGUGUUCUCAUAUCUCGGUCACCAGAUUGCCACUCGAUCAUGUGACGAAACUAUGAAGCUGUGGGAUCUGCGUUCGCUCAAGACAUGCCUUCACGCCUGGGAGGGGUUAUUUUCCCGCUACGACACCACCGACUGUUGCUUCAGUCCGGACGACCGAAUGCUGGUCACUGGUGAAUCGCUCCCCAAAGGCCAGAACGAGGCGAAUCUUCAUUUCUUUGAUACUCAGACGUUCCAGAGCGUGAAAACUAUUCCCGUUACCACAUCACACAUAAUCAAGACCCUGUGGCAUCCGAAGCUGAAUCAGAUUUUCGUAGGUUGCGGAAAUGGGGUGGUCAAGUGUUACUACGACGAAAGAAGAAGCUUCCGAGGAGCUAAACUCUGCGUGGUGAAGACUUAUCGCAAGAAGAAGCACACUGAGAUGAUUGGCGUCACACAGAUCAUCACCCCACAUGCAUUGCCAAUGUUCCGACAGGAGAAGUCCAAGUCCAGUCGCAAGAAGCUGGAGAAGGAUCGACUCGAUCCAGUCAAAUCAAAGCGACCAGAUUUGCCAAUCACCUCCGGCCAGGGUGGUCGUGUUGCUUCUUCGGGCGGCACGCUAAGUUCCUAUGUCAUUAGGAAUCUAGGUUUGAGCAAGAGAGUCGACGAUGAUCAGGAUCCCCGUGAAGCCAUUUUGAAGUAUGCCAAGGACGCAGCAGAGAACCCCUACUGGGUUGCUCCGGCGUACAACAAAACGCAGCCAAAGCCAAUUUUCUCUGAGGAACCAGAUGCUAAGAAGCCCAAGACCGAAUAAAGAACCACAUUUUAUGUAGAAAUAAAUAAAUAAAAAAGAAACAACUUUA